AUGGAUUCUGAUGUCCUGCAGUGUUCUUGCAUGGAGCUCACCUGUCCCAUCUGCAGAGACUACUUCAUAGACCCUGUCACCAUCAGCUGUCGGCACAGCUUUUGUCGGCCCUGUCUCUACCUCUUGUGGGAAGAUGCCCAAACUCCUACUCACUGUCCUGUGUGCAGGGCAAUAUCACAGCAAACAGACUUCAAGCCCAAUAUUUUUCUGAAGAAACAAGUUUCUCUUACCAGACGAGCAGUCUUCUGCCAAUUACCAACCUCUGCAAUGCAGAUCUGUAGUAGACACCAGGCAAUAAAGAAUCUCUUCUGUGAAGCUGACAAGAGCUUGCUAUGUUUGUUCUGCUGUAAAUCUCAAGCGCAUUUUGCUCACACACACUGUCCAAUAGAGCAGGCUGCUGAGGAAUACAGGGAAAAGCUCCUGAUGCAAAUGAAGUCUAUUUGGGAAACGAGACAGAAAAAUCAGAGAAAUCUAAACAAAGAGACCAGCAUAAUCAGAGGAUGGGCGGAUUAUGUGAAUCAACGGAUGGUGAUGAUCAGGGCUGAAUUUCCAAAGCUGUUUCAAUACCUCCAUAAAGAAAAGCAAAACCAUUUAAAUGGUCUGGAAAUGGUAGGCAAGGCGAUUUUCAAGCUACUCAAGGAAAGUGAAACGAGAAUGAUUCAGACAGAACAGCUCCUAAGAGGAAUGUUUGAGGAGCUGAAGGAAAUGUGCCGUAAACCAGACUUGGAGCUACUCCAGACUUUGGGAGACAUAUUAGAAAGGAGUGAGUCCUUGCAGCUGUUCAUGCCUCGGCCUGUGAACCCAGAGCUUGGUUCCUGGGCCAUCACUGGGAUGUCAGAAAGGCUCAACUACUUCCGAGUGUAUAUUACCUUGGAUCGUAAGCUAGGCAGUUAUCACAUGCCUCUGUUUGAAGACCUGAAACGCUUGCAGUGCAGUCCUGACCAUCAAGAUAUGCCCUGUAAUCCAUCAGGUUUAGAGUAUGUUCCUAUGUGGGGAGCUCAAAUCUUCACCUUUGGCAAACAUUACUGGGAGGCGGAUGUGAGAAACUCGGGGAAUUGGAUUAUAGGACUCUGUGAUGAUUCCUGGACCAAGAGGAGCGACAUGCUACUGGACUCUGAGGGUCUCUUUCUACUUCUGUGUGUCAAAGUGGAUGAUUGUUUCAGUCUCUUCUCCACAUCCCCGUUGUUACCUCACUAUGUUCGGAGACCUCAGGGCCAGCUAGGGGUGUUCCUGGAUUAUGAGUGUGGUAAGGUGAGCUUUGUUAAUGUUGCCCAAAGCUCCCUCAUCUGUAGUUUCCUCUCAUGCUCCUUCUCUUCCCCUCUCCGACCUUUCAUUUGCUUUGAGCCCACCUUCUUAAGAAUAACUAAGAGUUGGCCCCCAUCCAGGGAAUUCUAA